CCAAUACGAUGGGUGCUCACAGCGGACAGGGUCCUUCUAGUCACCGCGUCGAACCGGGCUCUGUUAAUGUACCAUUGGGCGAAUAUCCAGCUUCCUCCACUUCUUCCGACGUCGAUGCUGGCAGGGUCUCGCGAGAUUUGGUCUCGCAACUCAAUGGCGCUAUAUCACAAGGGAGUCAUGAUCAAAUUGCACGUCUUUUCCUUGAUCAAAAGAGCUACUGGCGCGACCAUCUUGGUCUUACUUGGGACCUGAGGACUCAAAAGGGAAGCGAUGCGAUUGCACGUUUUGUGGAGGAUAAUAAAUCUGCACAGCUAAAGCUUGAAAUUGAUGCCAGCUCGGCAUACAAAGCACCCAAAUACUCACCGAUCGAUGCAUUUGGAGACGUACAUGGCAUCCUCUCAUACGUUACAGUCGAGACGGCAAUUGGCAGAGGGAGAGGUGUUGUGACGUUCGCCGAAGAUAAUGGGCAGUGGAAGUUUUUCACAGUGUUCACAGCUUUGGAAGAGCUCAAAGGCCACGAAGAACCAACCAAUCGCAGGAGAACAAAGGGUGUUCAGCAUGGCGGUGAUCCGACAAGGAAGAAUUGGAAAGAGAAGCGUGAAGCCGAAACAGAGAAUAUCGACCCCAAAGUCCUGAUCUUGGGGGCCGGACAAGGUGGGCUGACUACAGCCGCGCGAUUAAAAAUGCUGCAAGUUCCUGCCCUCAUCAUCGACACCAAUGCGCGCGUAGGGGACAACUGGAGGAAGAGGUAUCGCCAGCUCGUUCUCCAUGAUCCCGUGUGGUACGAUCAUAUGCCCUAUAUUCCGUUUCCGCCCCAUUGGCCUGUUUUCACACCAAAGGAUAAGCUUGCCGACUUCUUCGAAUCGUACGUUCAGCAUCUCGAACUCAAUGUAUGGACAUCGACCACUUUGAAAUCGUCAUCGUGGGACGAAACCAAGCAACAAUGGACCGUGGUCGUUGAACGUCGCAAGCCAGACGGAACAACUGAAACUCGCACCUUACAUCCAAACCACAUUGUACAGGCUACAGGACAUUCAGGCAAAAAGAACUUUCCAGCUGUUGAAGGCAUGGACAAGUUUGCUGGAGAUCGUUUAUGUCACUCCUCGGAAUUCACAGGCGCAAAAUCCAACUCAAAGGGCAAGAAGGCCGUCGUAGUAGGCUCCUGCAACUCCGGCCACGACAUCGCGCAAGAUUUUUACGAGAAAGGAUAUGAUAUCACCAUGGUACAGCGCAGUACCACAUGCGUCAUAUCCUCCGAAUCUAUCACCGAUAUUGGUCUCAAGGGGCUCUAUGACGAAGAUGGCCCACCAACCGAAGACGCGGAUCUAGCUCUCCAUUCCAUCCCCAGCGAGCUUUUCAAAUCACAACAAGUUAAGCUCACCAGAGUCCAAAAUGAGAAUGACAAGGCUCUGCUCGAUGGCCUGAGAUCUGCAGGUUUCGGUCUUGACAUGGGCGAUCGCUCCACUGGCCUUCUUACGAAGUAUUACCAGCGCGGCGGUGGCUAUUAUAUUGACGUCGGAGCGUCCCAACUCAUCAUCGAUGGCAAGAUCCGCAUCAAGCAAGGCCAGGAGAUUACGCGCAUUCUCCCCCACGGUAUUGAAUUCGCAGAUGGCUCUUCUCUCGACGCCGACGAAAUUAUUUUUGCAACGGGAUACCAGAACAUGCGUACCCAGGCACGCAUUACGUUUGGCGACGAGGUGGCAGAUCGCGUCAAUGAUGUCUGGGGGCUCAACGAGGAGGGCGAGUUCCGUACGAUGUGGCAGAGGAGCGGACACCCUGGGUUCUGGUUCAUGGGUGGAAAUCUGGCACUCUCAAGAUACUAUUCGAGAGUUCUUGCAUUGUUGAUCAAGGGGGUCGAGAUCGGGCUUGUUGAGCCUAAGGGGAAGGAAAAGUAG